AUGAUUUUAUUAGAAACAAGCAAUCGUAUUCUCUUUGACGAAGUAUUCAACUUCAAUGGUGAGAAGAGAAUCUACAAUAUUUUCGCAGACUUUGAUGGUGUCAAGUUCCACACUCACACCUCUGAGGACAAGCAACAACUCUUUGUCUCUAUUCAAUUCAAGGGUGCUGCUGAUCUCUUGAAGAACGGUGGUCAAACCUAUCUCAAGGCCGUCUACGGUCCAUUAUUACAAGCCAAGCCAGAGCCAGGUUAUGAUAUUACCCUCAUCAUUGAUGUCAACGCUCCAAACAAAGAGGAACUCGCACAUAAAGUCAGUCAAUUGAAGAGAAAUCUUAUGGCAGCACCAUUUUUGAUGGUAUUCGACGCUAUUGAAUCAAAGAAAGCAACACCAGAGAUUAUUUCUAUCGACUAUCGUAGUGACGAGUCAUUCUAUAUCAAAACACAAGGUGACAAUGUAACAGUUAUCUUUGAUAUCAUCUUCAAGGACUCUGACGAUAUCGUUUUGUCCAAGAUUUUCUUACAGGCAUUCGUCGACGUCAGAAAGACAUUGAAUAACGUACCAUCGGUUUCAUUCUCACAGAAGGACCCACCCUUAGAGUUGAAGGGUGUCCGUGGUGUCCGUGCCGGUGUCAACCACGGAUUCGUCUCGAUCAACUUGUUCCCAGGUCACAUCAAGAAGGCUCAAGAGACUGCCGACCUCAUCCAAACAUUCAGAGAUUACCUCCACUACCACAUCAAGUGCGCCAAGGGUUACAUGCACACCUCCAUGAGAAACCGUGUCGAUGGUCUCCUCCAAGUUCUCAACCGUGCCAAGCCAGAGCCAGUCAACACCGUCAAGCGUACAUUCAAAGGAAAGUUCUUCAAGCAAUCAUAA